UACAUACAUACAUACAUACAUGGGAAGAAACAGGGAGGCAGCGAAAGACAGGAAAAAAGAAAGAGAGAAAGGAGGUGAAUAAACAUUACGAUUAACUACCGUCAUUAUUUUUAUCACCAUCAGUAAAAGAAGAAACAGCGACGAUAUCAACACCACUAAGAAAGAGGGGAGCGAGUCUGUGAAGGAAAACAAUACCGAAGUCACUCGAUUGUCUGAAAAUAGCAGCUAAAUCUCCCUUAAAUCAUACAUUCUAACAUAUUCUAACACAGUCUUUGAUAGCUCUAAAAAAAAAAAGCGAUAAUUGUUUGAAUGUCCUUGAGUAUUGGUCGUUAGGAUUGACGUGGGUAAAACAUCAAAUCAGAAAAGUUAUACAACAAAACAAUAAGAGAAAGAAAAGACCAACAACCUGAAGAGGCUAAUGUUAAAACGAUGUCCUAGUGUACGCAGACAAUAUGACGGGCUGAUAUUACUUUACCCCUGUUGAAGUGUCAGUGUAAUAUGAUGAUUUUUUGUAUCGAGAAGUGCUCCAUUAAUAGGUUGGCACCGGGAUCUGAUGCUAAUCUCACCUCAUUCUCUGUUGUACACUUGACCAAGCAACAUCGCAGCAACAUAGCAUCAUAUUUGUAAAAGAAACUAUGAAGGAAGCUGCUGUAUUGUUACAUAUUGUUACAUUGAUGGCAAGUGUGAUACAUAUCAACACUAGCAGCUUCAUCGUCAACAACAGCGUCAACAAAAGAAAUAUGAUCAGUAACCUAAACUCCAAAUUUAUAACCUUUAACAAUACGGUGGAUUUGAUUAUUAAAGCGGCGACCUGCCAUCCGGUAUUGAAACCAUGUAGAAACGGUAGAAAGUGCCUUCGUGACAGUAACGAUAGAAUAUACAAAUGCCGUAUGGACAACAGUAACAACACUGACGACAACAACAACAACAAUGAGAUGAAUACGAGCGUCACCACCGUCAACUACAAUACUAGCGACAGCAAGAACAUUAACAACAGCAGUAGCAGCAGCAGCGAUGCUAUCGACGCUAGCAUCAUCAACCACAGCAACAUCAGCAUCACUAACAGCAACGAAAGCUACAGUGAUAACUUCAAUAGUGCCAUCAUCAACAGCAGCAACAGUGACAGCAACAGCAGCAGCAGUGACAGUAACUACAACAACAGAAACUUCAACCCCCAAAUUAUACCCUUUAACAAAGCAGUGGACUUGAUUAUAAAAGCGGCGACCUGCCAUCCGGUAUUGAAACCGUGUAGAAACGGUAGAAAGUGCCUUCGUGACAGUAACGAUAGAAUAUACAAAUGCCGUAUGGACAACAAUAACAACACUGACAACAACAACAACAACAACAACAACAACAACAACAACAACAACGGGACCUCUGAAUCUCCAGUUGUUUCACCCAAGACCUGUACCAUGAAUUCGACUCAUUGUGGAAGAGAUGAAACGUGUGUAAAAUACAACAGUAGUUUACAGUGCCGUAAGUUAAGUGGCGGAGAACAGUACAUUUGUGAUCUAUGUGCCAAUGGUUUAUGUGUGUUCGAGAAGGACGGAGAUAUAUCCUGUAGUUGCAAACCACAGUGGACAGGAGAUCUAUGCUCUGAGCCUUGCCACAGGAACUGUACAAUUGGCAAUUGUAUUUUGUUACGAUACGAAGAAUAUUGCGAGUGUCCAGGCAAUUUUACGCCUUCUUCGAACUGCACAGAACAAUACAACGACGGUCCUGAUGGAAACCAGAAGAAAUUAUUCCCAGUAGAUAUUAUUUUAGCUGCCAUAGCAGUUACUGUGAUUGUCUUAAUUUCACUCGUAUUGUACCUGAUGUGGAAGAGACGCUUUCGAUUCUUUAUGAAGUUUGCAUACUAUUUUCAGCCUUACGUAGAUAAAGAGGAGAAGUUAUACGACGUAUUUAUUUCGUAUAAAUCUUCAGAUACAGACGAAAAUUGGGUGAAAAAUAUUUUGUUUCCGAAAAUCGAAGAUGACAUGGGAUUGAAAGCAUGUAUUCACUUUCGGGACUUCAUCCCGGGUGAGACUAUUUCAAACAAUAUCAUAGAAAGCAUACAAAAUAGCAGAAGAACGCUUUUAGUGCUAACCAAUGAUUAUAUAGAGAGCGAGUGGACCCGGAUGGAGUACCAAGUAGCCCAACAGGAAAUGUUAAAACUUCGUCACAGAAUUAUUCCCGUUAUUCUGGGUAAUUUUAAGGAUUUAGACAUCAAAGACAAAAAUCUAAAAUUUAUUUUGGAAACAGUGACCUACCUACAAUGGCCACCAGACUCAGAGAGUAUUCAUCUUCAAAAUGCAUUCUGGAACAAUCUGAAGAAGACUUUACGAAAUAAAUACCAGUCGAAGCAAGUUUCUACAUAAUUUUAUAUUUAUACAUGUCUAUGAGAUAUUAUCUCUGUCGUGCCUUCUUCGGGCGUGGAGAUCAAGGGUUCUUCCAUUGUGACGACUGAUACUUCGUCUCAGAAUUGUACCCUGAAUUUUCUCCACAUUUCCAAGGAGGACGCUCGUGGCAGGCCUUCCAGAUUGCUCAUCGUCUUUCAGAAUCAUUCUUCCGUUUUUGAAGCCCCUGUUCUACUCGAAACAUUGCGUACGACCCAUUGCUUCGUCUUGAAGGAUGCUCAAUGUCUCUGUAGCAGACUUCCCAUCUUUUAAAAUCAAAAUUUCACGCUGGCUCUUUGUUCCAACUUUCUGUCCAUUACAAAAUCGGAAACUACGGCAUACACGUGAUGACAAUAACACAAAUUUCACAAAUUGCGAAGUAAACACAGCAGUGUCACUCGGCACACUGCUACGUGAAUGUCAGUGCUAGCCCUCACUGCCCACGCAACCGGAUGCUACCGUCUGUUGGCGCGUUACAGAACUAGUCCGGGAACUUUUUGAUGCCACCUUGUACGUACUUUGUUCCAAGACAUGGAUUUUAAGGAUUUCAAUGAUGUAACUACAGAUAAGUUUCCCUGAUUAUCAGCAGUAUUGUCACUAGAUAUCAUGCAAUGAAUGCUGGUUAUAUACAACACAUGUGUUGCUGAAUACCGGACAUUGAUGUAAGUUCAAGACAUUGGUCAUACUGAUGACAUAUUUCUUUUGUGGUGGAAGACGUAUUAUCUCUCAAGUUAAACAUUUCAUGAUUGGCGGUGAGAAACGUCAUUUGCAGAUAGUAUUUUUUGUUGUUAUCAUGUGUGGAUCAUACGGGAUUUUAAAUAUCUCAGUCUUAUGUUUCUUAUAUUCUCACGUGAUUUAUCAACAACUAUCCAAAAAUAAAGGGGAUUAUUGUCAAUAGUAACAUAGAUAUUAUCUCAUCCUGGGACAAAAUAUCUGUCUUUAUCGAGUAUAACAGCUACAACCAGAGAUUCUACCAUAUAGUUGUUGAGGCUAACUGCUACAGCCAAAGCUUUUAUUAGUGGAAGGAAGAUCCCUAAUUUUCUGUAAGUAUUCACGGAUGGACAUUGUACAGUGGUAUUUCAAAACCUAAAAUGUUUAUUUCGUUUGUAAUAAAGAGAAAUUUUUCAAUAUUAAGAGUUAUACCAUAUUUGACAUAUAAAGCAAACUAUUUGGUGGAAAAUACUUCUAAGUUAUUGGCUUAGUGGUUGGAAUCCAUCAACGUAUUUAGUUUUAACGUGUGCUUCGGAGACUGUUUCAUGAAAUCUAAAAUCUGUUACCAAAAACAAUGUAACCGUCAAGAACUGUGCAAUAUCGGUAUUUACCGCGCAGAAUUCUGACUUAAGUGUAAUGCCUAUCUUCCUUCUACA